AUGCCACCACGACGCGGUCCACAGCGAGGUGCAGACACGAUCAGGAUACUUGUCGCCACAGACAGCCAUGUCGGAUACAACGAGCGCGACGCAGAGCGAAAAGACGACAGCUGGAGGACAUUCCACGAGGUGAUGUGCCUAGCGAAAGAACACGAUGUAGACAUGGUGCUGCAUGCAGGAGAUCUCUUCCACGAGAAUAAACCGUCAAGAAAGUCAAUGUACCAUGUCAUGAAGUCACUGCGUCAAAACUGUCUUGGAGAGAAGCCAUGCGAACUGGAGAUGCUGAGCGAUGCGAGCGAGAACUUCGGAGGCAUGUUCGAUCAUGUCAAUUACGAGGAUGAGGAUAUUAAUAUCGCUAUACCUGUGUUUGCCAUCCACGGAAAUCACGAUGAUCCAUCAGGUGAAGGCUCGUUCUCUCCUCUCGAUCUGCUGCAAGCAUCUGGCUUUGUCAACUAUUUCGGUCGCACUCCGGAAGUCGAUAAGAUUGCGGUGAAACCGGUACUUCUCCAGAAAGGUGGUACCAAACUUGCGCUCUAUGGUCUCAGCAACGUUCGUGAUGAGCGUUUGUUCCAUACCUGGCGGGACGGCAACGUCAAGUUCUUCCAACCUGGUACACAGAAGGACGAGUGGUUCAACCUCAUGAGCGUACACCAGAAUCAUCACGCGCAUACGCCAACCAGCUAUCUUCCUGAGAACUUCCUGCCAGAGUUCAUGGAUCUUGUUGUAUGGGGUCACGAGCACGAGUGUCUGAUUGACCCGCGAUACAACCCUGAGAUGGGCUUCCAUGUCAUGCAACCCGGUUCCUCAGUGGCUACGUCACUCAUGCCCGGAGAGGCUGUUCCUAAGCAUGUCUCCAUUCUGAGUGUCACUGGCAAGGAGUUCACAACUGAGAACAUCCGCCUAAAGACCGUCAGGCCUUUUAUCAUGAAGGAGAUUGUCCUUGCAGAAGAGAGGGAGAUCAAGGAAAAGGAAGUCUGGCGCGUCCGCGACGUCAGCGACAACCGUGCAAAGAUCACCCAAUACCUAAACAAAGUUAUUGAGGAGCUGAUCGAAGAAGCGAACAGGGACUGGCUCGAACUUCAGGUGGAUCGGGAAGAAGGCGACGAUAUCGAGCCUCCGAAACCGCUUGUUCGGCUGCGUGUUGAAUAUACAGCUCCGGCUCCAGGCGAGUUCCAUUGUGAGAAUCCGCAGCGUAUCUCGAAUCGCUUUAUGGGCAAAGUGGCGAACAUCAACGAUAUUGUACAGUUCCAUCGGAAGAAGAAGCCGGCGAAUCGGGCGUUAAAGAGUAAUGCCGAAGAGCCAGACGAAGAUAUCCUGGCUGAGCUUUCCAUCGACUCAGUCAAGGUCGAUAAACUGGUAAAAGAAUUUCUUAGUGCCCAGACCUUGACGAUCUUGCCACAGAAUUCGUUCGGAGACGCAGUGUCACAGUUUGUAGACAAAGAUGAUAAGCACGCCAUGGAGGCGUUUGUCGGAGACAGUCUCAAAAAUCAGCUCAAGCACCUCAUGGCAGCCAACGAAAUUGAAGAAGAAGAGAUUACCAGGGAGAUGGUGGAGUAUCGAGAACAACUAGAGGACCUGUUCGCUUCAGGACAGCUGAAGAAGACCCGGAAGUCCAAGAUUAAACCUAAGCCAGCUGGAUGGGAUAGCGAUUUCGACGGGUCCUGGGCCGAUCAGCCCGCCGCUCUCGUCCGCUCUGAUAAUGAAGGUGAGAAAGACGAUGACGAGAGCUUAGCGUCCAUACCGACAAAGAAAGCUGCUCCACGUGGUCGCGGCAAAGCAGCUGGCACAACUCGUCAAACUGCAGCAGCUACCAAGAAGGCCGCACCCAAGAAAGCCGCACCCGCAGCCAAGGGCGGUCGAGGCAAGAAGAAGGUCAUAGAAGAAGAAGAGGACUCCGAUGACGAAGACGUAAUCAUGGUCGAUGAUGACGACGACGAAGAAGUAAUGGAGGAAGAAGUAGAAGAAGAAGACAGCGCAGAAGACUUAUUCGUAGCCUCGCAAAAGAAAGCCCCUGCAAGAAAGCCCGCUGCAAGGAUGACAAAAACCCUAGCGCGAGCCAAGUCACCGGCUAAGAAGACGAGUACGGUGAGGGCGAAGGCGUCAGCUACGCAGACUAAGUUGAACUUCUCACAGACGCUCACGCAGCGCAGUCAGCCUACGCGAGCUGGGUCGUCGCGGGGAAAGAAGGUUGUGCAGGAGCCGAGUGAUGAUGAGAUCGAGUCUGAUGAUGCUUUUGAGUCGGCGCCGCCUCCUAGUGCAAGGCCCACUCGCAGACGGUAG